CGCCGCUCCUGAGGCCGUUGACGUCGUCGUAGACCGAGGAGGGUUUUUGUGGAGGGGAAGGAAGCGGGAGGAUUUUGAGGCCUUUAAAGGAGGAUGGAAAGCCGGCAAGCCGAGGAGGUGGACGAGGUGGGCCUCGUCGUCAAGAGCCCCGCGCAGCGGCACCCGGACUUGCUUCUGUCGGCCCGGCGCUCCUGGAGUGUCCGGCGCCUCAAGGCGGAGCUGCGACACCUUCACCCAGAUGAGCCGCCUGAAGAUACUCAGAGGUUGAUCUACUCUGGAAAGUUGUUGCCCGACCAUCUUUUUCUGCAAGAGGUCCUCACCAAGGAGGCGGUUCAUGCUCUCCACUUGGUGUGCAACUCUAAGAAUCUGCCGACGAUGCCAGGAACUGACGUGAAGGUGGCUGAAGCCAAGCAGCAGUCCACAGCAUUGGGCCAAAAUCCCUCGGACCUUCCUGGACCUGCGCCCAGCCAAGAACAGGUUGCCGCAGGCCCACCUGUAACCACAGAGCAAGCUGGCAUGAGCUCUCCGGUGACUCCGCCUCCUUUUCAAGCUAUGAGCUCCAGUUAUUCAUCCUACACCACGUAUCACAUGUUGCAACUCUGGUUCCAUCAGCUCUACACCAGGCAAUACUACAUGCAAUACAUGGCUGCCAACGCUCAUUCGGGGGACUUGUCCUCUGCGCGAAGUUCCCAGGAGAUCUCAGUGGCUCCGGUGACCCCUCCAGCUCCUCUCCCUGGUCCUUUUCCUGCCGAAAAUGCCCCCGUAGAACAAAAUGCUCCCCCUCAAGCCAACCCCGGAGUGAACCAAAACCUGCGCAUGAAUGCCCAGGGAGGACCCCUCAUGGAGGGAGACGAAGAAGUCAACCGCGAUUGGCUAGACUGGCUCUAUUCGGCAACCCUCUUCUACGUCUUCGUCAACAUUGUUUAUUUUUACUCCAGUAUGAGCCGGUUCCUUUUGGUGAUGGCCGGCACCCUCCUCAUGUACCUGCACCAAGUUGGCUGGUUCCCUUUCAGGCGAAGGGCAGCCCAGCCGCCACCACCACCACCGGACAACGUUCCUGUCCAAGCUGCUGUUAAUCAAGAUCAGAAUAACAAUUUGCAACAGGAGGAAAACCCAAGAGAACAAAAUGAACCGGAGAAUUCGGAGGCCGUCGGCGAGAACCAGCCGGCCCCAGCUGUUUCCUUCAUGAGCACAGCUUGGCUUUUCUUCAAGACUUUCUUCGCCUCCCUCCUGCCCGAGGGGCCUCCAGCUGUGGCAAACUAACUGGGCCCAUAAACUUCCUCUUUCUUCUCCGGACACUAGCUUGAAUGUCCCAACGUGGCCAAGGAAGAAGGGUUGGAUCAAAGAGAGCGAAUGUAGACUUUGAAGCUAAAGGACAGACGUGGCUGGACGUGCAAUGAGAUGCUAGCUCAGAGCUUCAAGGAAGAGAACCGUAGAUCCCCGAAGCCGCCAUGGCUUGAGAGCGAUGCGAAGUUUUGUACCUCAUCUCUCUGGGGCCAAGUGCAAGAGAGGCAGAUUCCUACUGACAGGACCACUUGAUUCCAGCUAGAGUGGAUCCCACACUCGCCUGCGCGGAGUGUGCAAUCUUGUGCAACCAGCAUAUUUAGGAAAAAAAAAAAACGCACAGGGGAAGUUAAUGCCAAAAAUGAAGAAAAGCUGUGCUUUAUAAUACCUGACAACACAUGUAAAAGAAAAGGUGUAAAUAGCUUUUGCACAGAAGGUAACAGUUGAGCCUAUUAAUACUACCACACAGCGGAAGUGGGCAACCGAGGCCCCCUUACCUCCUGCGGACUUCCAUUCCCAGAAUUCCUGAGCCAUCCAUGCUGGGAAUUCCGGGAGUCGAAGCCCGCAGAUGGUAAAGGAGCCGUAAUUUCCCACCCAUGUUACACAAUAUAGCAGAAAGUAUUUUCUUAGGCUACAAGCAACGAAGGGGUUUCCUAUUUUGCCAAUUUAGCAAGUCAACAUAAGAUGUGGACGCGUGUCUUCGGAUAGAUCAAAUUGCAAAUAUGACUUCUUUCAAGCAGCUUUCUUUUUUUCAGCAACCUACUUAAUCUAGAAGUUCUUUUUGUCAUUACAUUUCAAACUUAAAGACAGAGAAUGGGAUUUGUGCAAAAGAAGACUUGUGAACUCUUUCCUUCCACUCCCCUGUUGUCCUUUCCUCUCUUCCUUCCUUUCCUUCCCAUCAUGCAGAUUUCCAGGCUGAUUCCCUGCAUGUUAGCCAUACAUAUUGUGAAUGAAUAGUCCUUUUGGGGAUACAAAUGUAAAAAAAAAAAAACCUGGUCUGAAUCUGAAGUGGAGUGGUGCAUAACUUCAUGACACUGGGAAAAGGAGGGAUAUUUUGUAGGUAACCUUGGCUCCUGAAUUGGGACAAUCCAAAUCCCCAGGUAUGGGUUAGAGUGAGUAAGAGGGUUGCCCAAAAUUACUGCAGCUGCCCAUUUUGCAAAUAGACAUUUGAACCCAAGCUGUGAGAUUUCUAGCAUCUUUUGACAUUGUGUGGGCCUCUCCCAGCCGUGUUGGGAGCCGCAGUAUAAUUUCAGAAUGAGAGCUGCAGUUGAUGUGAUGAUGUGAUCUCUUAUUGCUCGUGAUUGAUGCAAAUUGUUUAAGUACGGUUGUGAUGGCCUCAUCUCACUUCUAGAUGCUCAGAGUCUCUAUGGAGGGGAAAAUAUUAUUCAACACCUGCAUUUAACAUUUCAGUGCAAGUAAAAGAAAAUUCUUCCUUUUGGGUUCUGAUUAAUUGGUCUGCUUGCAAUGCUCAGAUUAAUUCUCCCCCCCCCCCCAUUUGAACCUCUGCCUGGAACACCCUAGAAUUGCAUGAUUCUUUUUCCAAAGUCAUUCUUUUCCACUCAGGGAUUAUUUUGCAUAUAAAAACAUUUUCCCGUUUCUGCGUUUGGAUUUCAGGGUGAUGCUGAAAUGGUGUGUUUUCGCUAUUGUGGAUUGUAACCUGGAUGCUUUCUGUUUCUACUUAAGAUUCAUAAGGACAGUCACAUGAUGGCUGAACUGUUUUUUCUUCUUGUACAUUAUUAAACAAAGUUUAAUAU